AAAAUGCAUAAACAUACUUUGCACAGAAAAGAGUUUUGGCCGUAUAAAAUACACGAAUUUAGCUACAGAAUCAGGACCGUUACUUCGGCAGUUGAGCUAAGAAAAUCAACUAGACGACAAGCCUCGCCGGAGCAGCGUUUAAGCCUCACCGGAAAAAAAUCAAAUGGGCACUUUGUUACCGGAGAUGAACCUGUACGGUAAUUAUUCCUAUCUAGAUUUGGGAUUUAACGAUCCCGCUUUCAUCGAAUCCCUUUCGCUUUAUCGCAACGACGAUGAAUUACAAGGUAGGAAAAGUCGAAAGAGUCCGCCCAAGCACCGGCACGACGGUACUUCGCCGCUUCCUUUAGGGAUGGAUUGGAGUCCUGCUCCUCGCGUAUGGGUUGGACGUGAUACCAUCUGGCCACAUGAUUCACAUACAAGAUGGAGUUACUGUGCCACUAUUCCCUCUUGGACUAUCUCGUUACGUCCCAGAGGUUCAGCUACUGUAGUGUUUUACAGGGUUCAAAUUGGUAUACAAUCACCUGAUGGGUUCACAACCAUGCGAGAGAUACGACGAAGAUUUAGUGAUUUCUUAAAGCUAUCUUCAGAGCUGAAGAAAGAAUUCCCAAAGAAAAAGUUGCCCCCCUCUCCUUCAAAGGGACUUCUGAGAAUGCAAAGCAAUGAGCUUUUGGAAGAACGUAGGUGUUUACUGGAGGAUUGGAUGACGAAAGUGUUGUCUGACAUCGAGUUAUCAAGAAGUGCUCCCAUAGGGAUCUUUCUUGAGCUUGAAGCAGCCGCAAGGUCGUCAUUCUAUGAAUUGAAUCAGAAUGUUGUAGAUGAGAAUUCAUCCAUCAGUGUAGUUCCAUCGAAUCAAUUCUCAAAUAGUUCAGAUGUUUCUUUGCUUGCUGGUCCGUCAUCAUUUGCUUCUGAUUGCGGCAAUGAUUCUGCAUAUGGGACCCCUGAGCUGGGAUCUCCAACAGAGGGUAUGAGCCGGUUUCAUGAACUUGACAAUGCAGUGAUUUUCCAGGGUUUCACCCAUUCAGGGGAAGUAAAUUCUGAGGAUGCCAGGUUAAAACAUCAUGACAGCAAGCCAAUGAAGGAUUCUGAACAAGGGAACCGGGAAAAUCGCUUAAAUAUGCCCUCCACAGGAGGUGACACUGAUGAUUCCACUAAGAGAGUCAUAGAUAGUGCUCAUGUUAAGCAGACUCUCGAAACUGAUAUUGCUUCAGAAGAAGUCUCUGACAUUUCAAAUUUCUUGAAGCUUGAACCAUUGAAGAAUACCUCACAUGACCCUGCUGAAGGUGCUGAUUUGUCAGGACUAAAUACACCAACAAGCUCCAACCGACAGUUCCCGGGCCAUUUACAAGCUGUUAUUCAAUUGGAUGAGCAAAAUAAAUUGAAUAGAACCCUCAGUACUAUGCAACUGAGGCUGGCAACAGCGAAAACUGACAUUGAAGAUCUCUUGGCGAGACUGAAUCAAGAGCUUGCUGUGAGACAGUACCUUGCCACAAAGGUCAGAGAUUUGGAAAUUGAGCUUGAUUCUCUAAAACAGAGUGGCAAAGAGAACCUGCAGCAAGCAGUUCAAAGUGAGAGGGAAAAAUUUACUCAAAUGCUUUGGGAUAUGGAGGAACUUAGAAGCAAGUGUGUGGAGAUGGAGUUGAAGCUGACGUCUGAGCAGGCUGACAAGAUUAACAUGGAAUCAACGCAAAGAUUCAUAGUACAAAAGAAUGAAAGACUGCAUGAAGAGUUGGAUGCUGCUCAACAGCAGGUCAAUAGCUUGCAGAAACACCAUUUGGAGUUGGAGUCAAAGUCAAAUGCAGAUGUCAAACUUUUGGUCAAGGAGAUUAAAUCUCUAAGAAGUUCCCACACAGAACUCAAGCAAGAGCUCAGCAAAUUGGCAAAAGAGAAGGCAGAUGUUGAAAUGAUUCUACAGGAGGAAAGACAACGUAGGGAACACGCUAAUGCUGCAAAUAUUAAGUUGCUGCAUGAAUAUGAAAUUCUUCGCAAUAGACUUGAGGAAUGCAGUGUCAGUUUUCUCAUCGAGGAGGAAAAUAAACUGGUCCUGGAUGCUGCUAACCCUUCUGAUGCCAUUGAUAUACUGUCAACAUCAGAUGAUCGAAUAGGUGUACUUCUUGCAGAGUCCCAGCUGCUAGCACAAGAUGUUGAAUCUCACAUUGAUGGAGAAUAUUCAAGGACAGCAGUGGAUGAAUUGAGGAAGCAGCUAGCUGUCGUUUACAUUGACAAUGCCAAAUUGAGGAAACAAAUGAAUUCUGUCAUACGUUAUGCACUACAAACAGCUAGUGGAUCGGAGGAAAACGAGGAAGAGAGCCCUCCAUCAAGUUGUUAGACGGAUAAUUUAUAGAACUCAAGACACCUAUCUAUAAUGUUUAAUAUGUAGAAGCUUGUGUAAUGUUCUCUCUUUUACUUCUCAAAUACGCUUGUAUAUGUGGCUUACUUCUUUAUUAUGUAAUCUUUAAUUGGAGAACUGACAUUUGAAGAUAUAAGUUUGAAAUAAAGCUUUCAAAUGUGCUGCUAUAAA